AUGGCGAGUAAUAGCAAUCAAAUAAAUACUGAUGCAAUAAGUGAAGGUUUACAUAGUAAGGAUAUAUGGAAGCCAUUUAAUUGCCAUUUACCAUCAUAUCUUAAAUCUUCAAUUCAACUACCUUUUCUUAAUUCAAAAAUUUCAAUUAUUGGUAGAGUAUUACGUCAUGCAAUUGUUGAUUUACUUUAUAAUAUAACAAAACACCCAAAUGAAUAUAUAGAAAAUGAAACAACUAUUAUUGGUACUGAACAUCGUUUAUAUCAUUCACGUCGUUAUCGACUUAAAUUACAGAGUAAUAAAUUUCAACUUUCAAAAUUGCAUGAUGAUGAUGAUAAUGGUGAUGAUGCCAUUGAGUUCGAAAUAAGUUCAAUAGCUCCAACAGUUUUUUAUAAACUACGUGAAGAUAUAGGUAUAUCAAAUAUUGAUUUUCGUCGAUCAUUUUCAAAACAUCAUUUACAAGAAAUUAAAAAUCCUGGUAAAAGUGGUGCAUUUAUGUAUAAAACAUUUGAUGAUCUAUAUAUAUUAAAAACAUUACAUGGAUAUGAAGCACGUUUAUUAAUGGAAAUUUUAUCUGGUUAUCAUUUACAAUUAGUACAACGUCCAACACUAUUUAAUCGUUAUGUUGGUUUAUAUUCUGUACGUUUUCGAAGAGUAGUAUCAUCUACUUUUUAUAUCGCUAUUGCGGCAAAUGCAUUUACAUCAUCAUUGAAAAUUAAUCAAAUAUUUGAUUUGAAAGGUUCAACUAUUAAAAGAAAAUCGCAAAGAAAUUUAUGUCCAGAUAAAUUACAUCAUUUAAAAGAUGUGGAUUUCAUGGAUUUAUAUCCAAAUGGAAUACGUAUACCAUCGAAUAUUUAUCAUCGAUUACAUACGGUUAUAUCAAAUGAUAUUAAAGUUUUAAAAAAACUGAACAUAGUUGAUUUUUCCGUCUUACUUGGAAUCAGACAUUUAGAUGGAUCAAAUAAUGAUCUUAUACAACCUCAACCCUCAACUGGUGUAGCUGCUCUUUUUAAUACGAUACAUAGUCUUGCAUUAUUGUGUGCACAAACACAUGAUUGUCAUUCUUCAUCGUCAAGUCCUCGAAUGGAUUUAACAUCUUUAUCAAAUUCACUUUUAAAACCAUUACAAAUGAUUGGUGAAAACAUUGAUACAAAUUUAUUUUAUAAUAAUGAUUCAAUUGCCUGUGCUACUUUACCAAUACCGGGUAUUAUAAAUCAUACUAAUCAGCGUGUUUAUUUAUAUUUGUGUAUUGUUGAUAUGCUUCAACAAUUUGAUUGUCGUAAAUGUUUAGAACAAAAAUUUAAAAAAAUUACUGAUCCUAAUCGAUAUCAACAAUAUUCUACCAUUGAACCAGAUGAAUAUGAAAAACGAAUUUUCAAAUUUCUAUUUGAAAAUGUUUUUAUUGAUGCUGGUGAUAAUUUUCUAUGGGCUAGAACUGAUGAUAAUAAGCCCAUUACUGAUAAUAAUAAUAAUAAUAAUAAUGAAUUGCCAAUGAAAAAUAAUAGAUAUAUUAAGAAAACUCAUACUCGUAGACGUCGACAUUCAAUUCAACAUCAUGAAAAUUCAACUUCAAAUAGUGAUAAUGUAGUUGAUUUCUAA